UGAGAAGUGUGCUAUCUCCCGGGCUGAGGACUACCGCGAAGGACAGAGAGGCUACCAGAAUCCCUUUGGUCCGACUUUCACUGUCAGAUCUAGAAGCGAACCGUCAGAUUCUCAGCUUAUUCGCCUCCCUCACUUACCGCCAGCUACUCAGGAGUCGCUGCUCGGUCACAUCGUUUGUGGUCCAUCAUGCCAGGCUCUCCCGACCAGAAGCGUCGCCGCAUUGAGGCAAAUGACAUUGAUCUCAACUUCGCACCAGGACAGGUGAAGAGCCACACGCAAAGGACAGGGCGGUCAGGCAGAUCACCGUGUGUCUGCCUCUCAUCUCCUGCCUGUGUUUGUGCUGGCGCAGGCCUUUGCAAUGGUCAAUCGCGAGGACGGCGAAGGCACGAUGAUCCUCCGCGGCCGCAUCUCUCACGUCGACAAGCUCGACGGCAUUCCCAGACAGAAGGGCGGCGUGACGGUCAGCGGCCGCCGCUACAGCACCAUCUCGAUGAUCCCCUUCAGCCAGAUCCGCGAGCGGGGCUUCCGCGCCCACAACGAGGGCGAGAAGAUCAUCUGCAUGGAGAUCGACGAGGCCGUCGAGGUGCCGACCACCGAGCUGACGGCCCGCCUGCCGCAGGAGGACAUCGUGCUGGACGGAGAGUUCUCGUUCAACUACUCCAAGGACGAGUAUGAGCGGAUCGUCGAGGACGUCCUCAACAAGGAGAUCUGCGGCGGGGAGGGCAGCUCGUUCGUCACGCCCAGGAAGUGCACCGGCAAAAUCCGGAACUUCGGCCUGCAAAAGGCCCUGUCCAUCUAUCGCCGGCUGCUCGUCAACGAAUUCGGGUCCUACUGGUGAGCAGCGACCGCCCCACACGACAUGACAACAGGCGGGGGGCAAGGCAAAUUGUGUGUUUGCCUGUGUGUGGUCUGGUGUGUGCAGGAAGUUUCUGUAUCACGACGGUGAUCAGUACUUCAUGGGGGCGACGCCCGAGAAGCACCUGACAGUUGAGGGUGGGGAGGUCCGCAUGAACCCCAUCAGCGGCACAUUCAGAAAGAACGACACACACACCAAGGACACACUGCAGAAGGUAAGCGUGUCGGGAGGGAGGGAGGGAGGGAGGGAGAGGGGCCUGCGGAGAGAAACAAUACGUACGGCCAGGGACUCAUUUCAGUGUCUGUGUGUGUGUGUGUGUGUGUGUGUUUGCUGGUGCAUAUGUUGCAGGAGCUGUUGUCGUUCCUGUCCGACCCGAAGGAGAUCGACGAGCUGUUCAUGGUGACUGACGAGGAGCUCAAAAUGAUGUGCAAGAUAUGCCCAGAGGUACACACACAUACAGCACAGCCCCCCACCACUCCCCCCCCCAAUAGGGCGCGCCCUCCUCCCCUCCACAUCUGCCUAUCUAUCCGUGUGUGUCACGAGUGACCAGGGUGGUUCGAUUGAGGGCCCCUUGUUGAAGGAGAUGUCCCAGCUGGUGCACACCGAGUACCUGCUCAAGGGCGGUGCCCGCGGCAAGGACGUCAUCGACUGCUUCAGGAAGUCCAUGUUCGCACCCACCGUCACCGGCAGCCCCAUGGGCAACGCCUGCCUGCGGCUCUUUGACUACGAGAAGGAGUCGCGGCGGUACUACAGCAGCGCCUGCAUGCUCCUGGGCAACGAGGUGACGGGCGACGGACAGAUGGGCGAGGAAUUCCUCGACUCGUGCAUCACCAUCCGAACACAGGUCGGUGCGGUGGGUGUGCGGUGCCUAUGGUAUGGACGAGUGUGUGUGUGGAGUGGAUGAGAUGGGAAUGUGUGUAUGUGUGUGUGUGUGUUGUGCUGUGCUGUGCAGGAGGUGGCCAACGACGGCACGUUUGCCAUUCGCGUGGGAGCGACCUUGGUGAAGGACUCGGUGCCGUCUGAGGAGGUCAAGGAGUGCGAGUGGAAGCUCAAGGCAUCCAUGAGGAGCCUCGAAGGCAAACACAUAUGCAGCAAGGUGGGAAGGGAGGAAGGGAGGCAGGUACUCAUGCAGCUAUACUGCAAACCAAUCGGCUCUCCCUCCCUCCCUCCCUCUGUGGACGGACGGACCCAUAUAUUCUCUUCUCAUGUCAUGUGUCUUGUGUGUUCAGCGUCCGUUGAUGGUGCAGCAGGAUGUGUUUGUCACCCCUGAGGAGCGCGCAGAGCUGCAGCGAAGACUCGAACACAGGUGUGUCAGUCGAGUGGCUGAGAUGCACACACACGGGUUGCUGACCGAUCAAAUCACAUGAUGACGCCUGUCGGUCCGGUGUGGUGUGCAGGAACGCCACUGUGUCUGAGUUCUGGCUCAAGGUCUCACCCUCAGAGAGCGUCGUCGUAAGAAACAAAGAAAUAAAGACAGACACCCAAAACUGACAGACAGACAGAGAAACAGAGAUGUGGUCUUGCUCGUUCUUGUGUGCGUGCAUGUGUAUGGUAUGGCAGGAUCCGCACUUCAGCGGUCUGCGGAUUCUGAUGAUGAACAACGAGGACGACUUCGCACACAUGGUCGGUCAGCCAGUCAGCCAAACAGCCAAACAGCCACGCAGUUAGCCCAGCCAUUCAGUGAGUGAUAGAUACACCACAUCCUCCCCUGUCUGUGUGUCCUCUCCUCCCUGUCUGUCUGUGUGUUUCGAUAAACAGCUGGAGCACAUCCUGUAUCGCCUGGGCCUCAAGCCCGUCACAUGCAGCUGGAGGGGUACGCCACACACACACACACGUGUGCCAUUCACACACUCCCUCCAUCCCUCCCUCCCUCCUUCCCUGCCCCUCCUCCCUCUUGUCCAUCCAUCAGAGUUCGAGUCAGCGUACGAGUCUGGUGCCACUGGCGAGAGGUCCCAUUGGGACUUGGUGCUGGUGGGCCCCGGCCCAGGCGACCCCAACAGCGACACCGACAAGAUGACCACCGUCCGGCGAAUCGUCAAGAACCUUCUCGACACACAACAGAAAUUCCUCGCCGUCUGCCUCGGACACCAAUGCACCGGUCAGUCAGUCAGCUGGUUUGUCUGUCAGUCAGCAGAACACACAGACAGGCACAGAAACCAUGCCCGCCCAUGAGGAUCAUAUCUAUGUGUCUGUCCGUGUAUGCCCACAGGUAAGGUGUUGGGUCUGACAGUGCCCCGUAAGUCGAAGCCUCUGCAGGGCGUGCAGAAGGUGGUUGAGCUGGCGGGGCGGGCCGAGCGAGUGGGCUUCUACAACUCGUUCUACGUCCAGCACGACCCACACAUCCUCAAGGUCAGGCAGCAGGGGAGAGCACCUGACUGACCUGCAAUAAACGUCGCCGUGCUGCCGUCUUAUGUGGCGUGUGCUGUGCGUGUGUGUGUUUAGGAUGCGGAGGUGAGUGUGGACGCCGAGACGAAUGAGUGUUAUGCGGUGCGUGCCAAGACGUUCGUGAGCUACCAGUUCCACCCUGAGUCAAUGCUGACUCAGAACGGGCUCGAAAUCAUCCGGGACACUAUCAAGUACACACACACACACACGAGCAAUGUGGGUGAGCAUGGGUGUGCUCUUCUCUGUGUGUCUGUCUGUGUGUCUGUCUGUCUGUGUGUCUGUCUGUCUGUGGGUGCAGGUAUCUGGUUCCCCUGCCGCAGGCCAAUGGGUGCGCGGCGGCAAAUGGCAAUUAGCUAGCUGAUGCGAUCGAUGCGUCGGGCAAGCAGAGCGUGUGUGUGCUGAUGAUUAGUGCACACGUGCCCCAUCUGGUGUGGUGUGUGCGAUUUUUCAUGACUGAUCGACUGACCGACUCGACAGACCAGUCGGACCGGCAGAUUUGCAUUAAGGAAGGCAAGGCGGGUCUGUGUUUCUUUCAAGUCAAGUGCAUCUCUCCAUCUCUCCAACUCAUCUGUUGUAUGGUGCCUGGCCAUCUGUGUGUGUGUGUGUGUGAGCUCGUGUUGUGAGUGAGUGCUGACUGAUUUAUUCAAUCAACGGCUUGACCUGACCAACACGACAAUGGCGCAGCGCAGCGCACCACAGUAACUUCAUUCAAG